GCCAUGCUGUUGUCCACCACCUUGCCCAAAACCAUGUCCACCUCCAUGUUGCUGUGCAGCAACUGAUGACAUUGACUUGGAUAAGUUUAUGGACAUGUGCGGAAUUGUUGAAAGUCCAACUAGCAUGCAAAUGGAUGAGAUGCAGUGUGACUCAAUGUCAAUGAACAGGAAUGCAAAACAUUCUGCUGUGAAGCAAGCAUGUAACUGCAAGCAAGAUGUGCACCAAUCAUCUGCUGCAGUGGAGAGAGAAGUCAACGCAGUGUGCAAGUGCAUCAAUUGCACCAUCAACAGGGAUGCCCAAAGACUGGAAAGAGAACUUUUGGAAAGCUUGGACUGCUGCGAUGAACAGCAUAGAAAGCUGGCAGAUGACGUGGUGCCUACCAGCAAAUCCGAAGACAAUUGCCAGCAAGAUGAAAUCAACGCCAUGGAUGAAACUGACAAAAAGGAACAACCUGACAAGGACGACGUGGAAUUCGAAAAGAACGAAGAACACAUCCGGAAAUCCACUGCGGAAGCUCCUCAAAAACCAGCACAAGAAAUUGAUUCUUUCAUGAAAACCGGGAAACUCGAUGAAAUUCCUGGCCCUUCCGCUUCAUCCAAACAGAAAUUGGAGGAUUUCGUCGCCAAUGGAAUAAGCCAGCAGAAAACCAAAUCUCGUCACAAACGCCGUCGAGACUGCACUGACGAUGGAAGCAGCAGGAGACAUAAAAUUAAACGUCGAAUGGGGGGUGGUUACGACACCAUUUGCAACUCUGGGAAUUUGCAAGCUUUCACCAACGAAAUGUUCGGAGAGGACGAAUGCAUUGUUCGCAGGCGCCAACCUGACAUCAUUUAUGGCAGCGACAUCCGCAAAGACAGACACGGCUGAAG